CAGAACUCUGCAAGCGACUAACAUAACGCAUUGACAUUGAAAACAAACAAAAAAUAUGAAAGGGAUUUCGGUAAAGCGCAUGGGCAGCGCCAAAGCAUCCAGAAAGCUCCUGAAACCAGAGGUAGAAAAGUUUCGAAGAGGGAGAAUAAACAGCAGCCUGGAGAGACUGAGGAUGAUGCUGCUGCACUGGCCUGACCAUCAGGGUUUGGCAAGUAAAAGAGUGGAGAAGGCUGAGAUCCUGGAGCACACAGUCACAUUUAUGAAGCGCCACGGUGGCAAACAGGGAGGAGGCAAAGAGCACCACUUCAGGGAUGGUUACGCUGCCUGCCUGCAGAAGGCUGCAGAUUUCCUGAGAGACAACGGUUCGAAUGGAGACCAGAAGGGAGACGAGGCACAGAGGAGGGCAUUUGCUGUCCAGCUCACUCACCUGGACACCUGCACUUUCACUGCCACCUCAGUCCCCACACUCCACUUGACCAGGUGUGGGGCGCCACCUGAUCUGACCCAGCAUCAGUGGCCAGGGCUGUUGGCUCUUAAUGGACAGAGACACUCCAGUUUGCCAAAGUUGUGUCCCAGAGUUCACUCUGCCAAGAUUCUGUCCCCACCCCUCAUUAACACUCAUGCCUUAUGGAGACCAUGGCCCUGAGGGAAUAGACCAUUUGGAAGAAUGGAAAUUGUUUAAAAAUGUGUGUAAAUAUGCCUUAUAUAUGUGUAAAUACUUGUACAUACUUGACAUAGAAAAUAAUAUUGUAUUCAAUAUCAAACAAUACCUACAGCACUUAAAUUUGAAGGAUUUGAAAUUGUAUGGGUUUUUUUUUCAUAAUGUUGAGAAUUAAUAACUUUCAGUUCUUGAAAUGCUUAUUUUGUCAUGUCAACAGCAAAAUAAAAACGUUAUCUAAACACAA